AUGUCUCGGUCUUUCGUCACUGUUACUCUUGUCUCUCUCCUCGCUGGUGCUGGGUUGGCCGCACCGCACAUCGAACUUAACACGAGAGACAAGUGGGUUCCCUGCCCGAGCAGGCAAGAGUACAAAGAUGUUGUCGUCAGCGCACCCUAUUAUGGAGAUUGGGUGCUUGCAAAUGCCAUCGAGUGCACUUCAGGCGAUCAAAACAACUGCGAAAUUGUCAAUGGGUACAGUCACACGGUGACUGUAGAGAAGUCCGUCUCCGGCUCUUUCACCGGAGGGCUCGACCUUGGGAAGAUCGCUUCCGCUGGCUUCGAUGCUGGUUUCAGCUACGGAUGGAGCACCUCCGAUGAAACAGCGAUCGGCACCACGCAGAUAUGCCCCACUGGCGGCAUUACAUGCUCAGCCGCAGCCCACCCCAGACUCGUGAAGACCACAGGAAAGGUGCGAACCCAGCAAUACGGCCGAUCAGACUGUACCUUAGGGACCGAUUGGUCCGACUUCACAGUAGUUGCGCCUUCUAUGGUUAAAAUUGACGACAAGACGUCCAAGCCCGAGGUCGGUUUCGACAUCUGCAUGAAGACAUGCUAUAACACCAGCGGAAACUUCCCCGACUCUUGCCCUGAUGUUCAGUCUGGCAAAAUUAAGAUCGCAUAUUGCCCUAACUAUCCCCCUGCUGGCCACUACCCCUGGGGCAACUUGUAA